GUGUACUCGAUGUGGAUGUUGGUUUACUGUCAAAAGAAUUUGUAGGUUCAGAGAGAGAGAGAGAUGGCUGUUUCUAUGUGAACUGUAUGUAGAACGUAAACAUAGAUGCCUGCAUUAAAGAUGCAUGCGUUUAAAGAAGGCCGUUCCUCACAGUGCAAUCUAAAAAGCCAUGUGAAGGAGUGGACUGAAUUUUCCGAACAGCUUUUGGAGAGAGUGAGAGUAUUAUUAAGAUAAGAGAGUUGAAGAUGCACGGAAAUAAAUAUCUGCCUGGUGUGUUGUUAAAUGUACCAUGCAAGAUAUUUUAAAACCUGUGUGAAUCCUAGUCUGGCCUUAGAUGAAUUUUGAGGGUUGUUCAUGAGAUUGUUCAGUGGAGAAGCAUCUGGUUGCCUGUAGAAAGUGCAUUCUCCAAGUAAAGCAGGAAAAAUUGAUAAAUUCACUAAAAGGUCCAAGAAUCUAAGCUUCUAUAAGGCAGCUUUCUAGGUUUUAAUUUCAAGCAAAACAAACAAACAAACAGCCUUUUCCUAAUACAGGACCUUGACUUAUUCACGGCAGACUUAAUUCUAUAUCCAAAUAUACAGCUAUGAUUGUUCAUCCCAAUAUAUAUAUAGCCAUACCUUACAACUAUCUGUCUACUAUAAGCUUUUUUGUUUUGUUUAAGGCAGGGGUUUUCCCGUAACUUACGGUAUUUUGAAGGCCAAGAGCUAUGCUUGGUCUUUGAGAAAUAUACAGGAGGUGGUAUUUAGUAAGAUCUGCAGCUCCAGGAAAUAUUAUUUACUUUAAUAGAAGAUUUCCUGGAACCUGCUCUUUUGCUCGCUCUCUCUCUACUUUUUAAUCUAGUUUGCUUCCAAAAUAUGAUUAGUGCACAACAUGUAGAAAAAGGCCACCAAUGGGUUAAAAUAUUUCCAGGGUAAAAUGUAUUUAUGAAAAACCAUGUUUAUGAACUACAGUAAAUGCCCAAGGAGAGGGAUAAUGGGGGAGGCCUAGACAUCUCUUUUCUCAUGAAGUAACCUGACCCAGAAAUGGGAAAUCUGUGGGCCUCUCCCACUCCCAGAUGUUGGACUGCAGUGCCUAAGACUAGUCACCAAGGACAUUUAUUGAGGAGUAUGGAAUUGCAGCUGAGAUAUCUGAAGAGCAGAAUUGUCAAAUGAGAUAUGAGAACUUGAAAUGACUUGCUGGGCACUAGAUUUAGGAAAAUGGUAGAAUGAAGGAAUGUGCCCCUAAUCUAGAUUACAAAGAAUGUACUUCUAUGAGAUAUAGAGAUACUGGUGUAUAUGAUUUUAGUUGUGUUUAAGAGACGGGGCAGGGAACUGGUGGUGCUUCACAAUGUUGAGCUAUAAUUCUUGUCAACUUCAGUCAAUGCAGUGUGUGGGUUGAUAGGCACAGAAAAAUUGAGGGAGAAAAAGAUAUACCAGUGGCUGUUACUCAUAAUAGCUAAGAGAUUCUUCAGUAGAAAGGAAGCAUGAUUGCCAGAUACUGAAACCAGGCCAAGAGAGAAGAUAUGUAUGUUUAUGAAGCCUUCUUUCAAUCACUGAAAGUUGUAGGAUACUAGACCAGGUGAAGUUUUGGUCUGACCCAGCAUUUAAUGAUCUAUUUGUAUUCAUUCUUCGCGCUAGAGGACAGCAAUUUACAGAGUUUUUUCCUGUUAAUUUUCCCCUUUGGCUUCAUGGGGUUGAUGUUAAUUUCUAUAUUUGGGGAAUAAAUACCGGAGGAACACAAGUGGGCAAACAACCCUUACCAAACACUACCGUCCAUCUUCAUUACAAAUCUGAACUGGCGCAAUUGGACUUUUGAAGUUCUUGUCAAUAGAAUUCCUAGAUGCAGACUUGGAAAAAUAAUGGUUCAAUUCAAAGAUUUGGAAUACAGCAGUACCUUGGUACUUGGUACUCAAUUGCUUAGUACUCAACUGCUUUGAAACUCAUCGAAUUUGGUACUCAACGCAUUUUGAUUUGAAAAUUUUGUCCCGGUACUCAUCAUUUGUUUGGUACUCAACACACAACCUAGAACUUGUUGUUGUCAGCUGCCUUAUUUCUUGUGGGGAAAAUUUUGAUUGGUACUCACCAUUUUUGGUAUUCAUUGAGCCUCCCUGAACCAAUUAACGAUGAGUACUGAGGUACCACUGUGUUUCACUAUAGUUUUGCUAAAGCAUUUAAGUUUCUUUUUCAUUAUAAGUGAAAUUAGCUUUGGUUUCUCCAACUUGAUUUCUUCCAGGCAGCUGAACUACAACUCUCAUCAUUCUCAUCAAGAAUGGAAUAUCUUCCAAGCAUCAGUCAACUUCAGGGCUAAAUGGAGAUUUGCUCUACUCAAACCCAACAUCCAAUGUUUUACGUCUCAGUUGCCUUUGCCUUUCUUAACUCAUUAACUAUUCUUCCCUUCCACCUCCACUCAUACUUUUAUUAUGUAUUUAUGCUUGCAGUCAACUCCAGAUUCAGGCAGUCCUGGGCAGCCAGCUCCUUUUCCUUCUGCCCCACGGCCACCACCACCAAUUCUACCCCCUCCAUUUAUGCCUCCUCCUGGGAUCCCACCACCAUUUCCACCCAUGGGAUUGCCCCCAAUGGGACCACGGCCACCUCCCAUGCCGCCUAUGCCCCCCGGCAUGAUGCCACCUCCCCCUCUGAUUCCACCUAUGCCUGGACCACCACCCCUGGGUCAGAUGCCCACGAUGGUGCCACCAAUGCUGCCUGGGAUGAUCAUGCCGGGGGUGCCAGCUGGACCUGUUCCUGUUUCUGGAGGAGCAGCUCCUGUUACUGACCCAUCCAACACCACAGUGACUCAAGCACCACCUGUGAUCCCCAACCCCCUGGCAGGCGCUAUGCAACAAAAUGUAAUUCUUGGUGGAUCUCCUGUGUUGGAUACAGGCCGAAAGAAGCCAGCAUGGAGUGAUCAUAAAGCCCCUGACGGGCGGAUCUAUUAUUAUAAUGCUGAAACCAAACAAUCAAGUUGGGAAAAGCCAGAUGAACUCAAGUCUAAGGCAGAGAUCUUGCUGUCACGCUGUCCUUGGCGUGAGUAUCGCUCAGAAACUGGGAAAUCCUAUUACUACAACACUCAGAGCAAGGAGUCACGUUGGACCAGGCCACGAGAGCUAGAUGAUAUUGAAGCAUUGAUCAAGGAGGAAGAGGAGGAAGCAGAAAGGCAACAGCUACCUCAGCAACCGGAGCCGCCAUUGUCGGGCCCUGCCAGUCCCACCCCGUCUUCCGCAGCCACCUCAGACACGGAAGGCACCGGGGGUGUUGAAGAGACCCCAGGGACUGAGGGAGUCCCGACUGCUGUUGAGGAGGAGGUCACCAGCAGUUGUGAUCCCCUCCGGAGAGAUGAAGAAGAUCGUGGCAGUGGCAGUGCCUGGAGCAACAAAGAGGAAGCUAAACAAGCUUUUAAGGAGCUGCUCAAAGACAAGGGUGUUCCAGCUAGUGCAUCCUGGGAACAGGCCAUGAAGCUUAUUAGCAGUGACCUCCGUUUCAGUGCUUUGCCCAAGGUGAGUGAGAAGAAGCAGGCAUUCAAUGCCUACAAGGCUCAACGGGACAAGGAAGAAAAGGAAGAGGCCCGGCUGCGGGCAAAGGAGGCAAAGGAAGAACUGCAACGCUUCUUGGAAGAACACAGCAAAAUGAAUUCUACCACCCGCUACAGGAAAGCUGAGCAAAUGUUUGGUGAGCUGGAAGUGUGGGCCAUGGUGCCUGAAAGGGAUCGCAAGGAGAUCUAUGAUGACGUUCUUUUUUUUCUGGCCAAGAAAGAGAAGGAGCAUGCCAAGCAGCUCCGCAAAAGGAACAUUCAAGCUCUGAAGAGUAUCCUGGACAGCAUGAGCCGUGUCAGCUUCCAGACCACUUGGUCUGAGGCCCAGCAGUACCUAAUGGACAACCCCAGCUUUGCCGAAGACGAAGACUUGCAAAACAUGGAUAAGGAGGAUGCCUUAAUCUGCUUUGAGGAACACAUCCGGACGUUGGAGAGGGAGGAGGAGGAGGAACGUGAACGGGGUCGAUUACGGGAGAGGCGUCAGCAGCGGAAGAACAGGGAAGCCUUCCAGGCCUUCUUGGACGAGCUUCACGAAAGCGGACGCCUUCACUCCAUGUCCACUUGGAUGGAGCUGUAUCCCUCCCUCAGCACCGACCGACGCUUUGCCAACAUGUUGGGCCAACCUGGCUCCACCCCACUCGACCUCUUUAAAUUCUACGUUGAAGAUCUGAAGGCCCGGUUCCAUGAUGAAAAAAAGAUCAUCAAAGAUAUUCUCAAGGACCGGAGCUUCAGUGUGGAAGUAAAUACAACCUUUGAGGACUUUGCUCAUGUCAUCAGUUUUGACAAACGUGCUGCCACGCUGGAUGCUGGCAACAUAAAGUUAACUUUCAACAGUCUGCUGGAAAAGGCUGAGGCACGGGAGCGUGAACGGGAAAAGGAGGAAACCCGGAAGAUGCGGCGGAAGGAGGCCGCCUUCAAGAGCAUGUUGCGUCAGGCAGCUCCUCCCCUGGAGCCCAAUACCCCCUGGGAUGAGGUCAGAGAGCGGUUUGUCAACAAUAUUGCCUUUGAGCAGAUCACACUUGAAUCAGAACGGAUCCGCCUCUUUCGUGAAUUCCUGCAGUUGCUGGAGAGUGAGUGCCAGCAUUUCCACACCAAGGCCAAGAAGCAUGCCAAGAAGCCAAAGAAACACCAUCGCAAGCACUCUGCCUCGGGCUCAGAAUCUGGUUCAGAUCACCCCCACCGAGCAGCCAAGCGCAAGAAACGAAACCACUCAGAAUCCGCAGGUUCAGGGGCCUCAUCUUCCCCUGACUCGGAGCACAGCCCCAGGCGUGCCAAGAGGCCGAAGAAGAAGAGCAAGAAGAAACGGCACAAGUCGAACAGCCCUGAAAGCGAAGCUGAGCACAAGAAGGAGCCAAGCCGGGCAGAAGAGUGGGAGCGAGGGAAGGCGCCUCUGCGACCUGAGGGGAGGGGCCACUCCCCUCCCCGGGGCACUCGGAGGGAGCGGAGUGGUUGGGACACCUCAGAGAGCGAGGAGCUGAGCGAAGGGGAGCUGGAACGUCGGCGGCGGACUCUGCUGCAGCAACUGGGUGACCAGUAAUUGACCCCUGCCUCUUUUGAGGCACCCCCAACACGGUUGUAUGAAAAGCAUUCAGUCCUUGUUCCUGUGGCAACUCUGCCUUGUUUUAGCCUUGGUGGCAUCAAAGCCAAGUGUAUGCACUGCUCUUGCUGGACCCCGCACGUUGGGUCACAGUCUUCUUCAUUACGUUCACCUGCUUCUAAGACGGGAGCGGCUGCUCCUGCCCGUUGGCAGCAGUCAUCUCCAGCGACACCACCAGUCUACAUCAAGCAUCAGGACAGGGAGGAAAGUUCAGGUGUCCCUUGUGGAUCUGGAGGGCAUCACCAAAAUUGAAACCCGGCUCUUGGAUCAUCCAGCAGAGGAUUGGGGGAAUUGCAUCUGAGCACCAGAAUGAAUGAUGUCUGUCUCCACUCAGACUUCACCAGGGCCACACUAUCCCAGAGCCUCCUUUGGCCUAGAUGCAAAAUGGCGGCAGGAAACAGCUGAGAUACAGCAUCAGUCUUGUCAAAUCUGGAGACAAGAAUGGGCUACAUGAUCUUCUGGAAGGUUAUCACUGUGACUGGAUCCUUUUCCCUGGUUGCAGUAUCCCCUUGUGAGUUAAGGGUUUAAUGGAAUUUUUAAAACAAUAUUUAUAAUAAAUCUGGACUGAAAAUACCAAUCUAUGGCCUCCUGUAGAAAAUUAGUUUAUAUUGGUUCCAAAUGAUUUUAGGGAAAAAAAACUUCAAAGGAGUAUUUUCAUAACCUAUUGGACUGGAUCUAUGUUUGCCACUAUAAUCCCCAAAAAUAACAGGACUUGAAGGUAUGCUGGCAAGUAUAGAUCUAAAAAAGGGAAGAGAGGAUAUGCAAAUAUCCUAAAUUGGUACGUGUGGCAAAAUAGCCAUGCUGGGUGUAUAUAAAGUGAGUAUGAGAUUCAUCCAUAACCAUUGUGUGAAUAAACAAGCUACAAAUGCU